AUGCCUCGCGCUUUGGGACUCAGCAACGAGAAAUCAAACCGUUGGCACGACCGCAGCAGCGCCAGCAUUCCCGAUAAAAAAAUCCAAGAAGUCAUGGCCUUCCUCGAGAGUUUCGCUGUCGCAGUCUUCCUGACGGCCAGCGCUGCUGCUGGGCAACGAAAAGGACUCGUUUACCCUGCCGAUCGGCAAAAUAUCUUCAAAAACGAGUGUUUCCCCUCCUCCGAGAGCGACGCUUCCUCAGACUGCGGAGGAAUCUACGUCCGGAACCACGAAAACGAAGGAAAAUGUGGCGAGUGCGGCGACGUUUAUGGGCUCCCUCGUCCCCGAGCGCACGAGAACGGAGGAGCUUACGGCCAGGGCGUCGUCGCUGCGACGUUCCAAGCCGGCUCGAAUUUCGUUGCGCUCGUCGACAUGGGCUCCGCCCAUGGCUCGGGCUUCUUCGACUUUGCGCUGUGCCCGUUGAACACCACGACGGAAUUGGAGACCGAGAAGUGCUUCGGCGAGCACAGGCUCAAGCUCGCCGACGGCGAGGACAGACUCGAGGUCGCCAACUCGGCUCAAAAGUUCUUCGGCGUCGAGCUCCGACUUCCCCGAGGCCUGACCUGCCAACACUGCGUUCUUCGGUGGCAAUACACCACGAACUUUUACACCCUGUGCCCGGACGGUGUCUUCAGUCGCCCGGAAUGCGGACCCCAGGACUACAUUCGCAGCUGCUCGGACAUCAGGAUUCGAUAA